GACGACCAACAUGGACCCAUAUACUCCCAGAGCAAGACCAGGAGGUCGCAAAAAGAAUCUUACACUUUCAGCAAAGGAAUACACAAAGAUUACUGGGACUAUCGCGUCGGUUCGCAGGAACAGACAAGUGUUACACGAUGAUAUUGACGAAGGUUUCGAUGGUAGACUGAACUCUUCUCAUGAAAACCGAGGCAGAAAUCAUAACGAGCCUUCUUUUAUCGCUGAAACCUCGUUCGUUCGUGCUCCUUUGAAUUCACGCGUCGGUGCAAACACAUCGCUACCAAAGUCCAAAGGCAAGGCUAGGGAGGAUGUGUUGGGAACCCUCCCCGUUGAUAUACAAGAGGCCCUGAUACUGGAGGAUAUUCUCUACGUCCUCAUGGGUAUCGAGGGCACGCACAUAACAUACCAUCCCGAAUACUCCCCAGAGGAUGAUGAUCCUCUCCAGGGUAUCCGAUUUGUUGUAUCCUCUCCUCUAGACUCUUCCCUGCGUGAUUUGACAGAGAGGAUUUUGCCACUGGGGACUUAUUAUACUGCAAUAUCAUCCUUCAUCGAAAGUCGAAGUCACCUAGACUUUGGCUUGGUCAAUCACGCUCUCUGCGCGGCUAUCCGAGAUAUGCUCAAGGACUAUCAAACCCUUCUCUCGCAACUUGAGCACGCUUAUAACACUUCCUCCACGUUCACUCUGCAGAAACUAUGGUUUUACGUUCAUCCUACUGUCCACACAUUGUCUCUAAUAUAUCAGCUAGUCUUGGAGCUAGCAACUGCGGAUGACUCGUCUGCUGACUUAACUUCCUCUUCAUCAGAGGAUGACGAGGAUGACGCUCGUAACGAGGCUCUUGGUUUGGGUGGCGCCAAGCUGAAAGCGGUCUUAUCAGAAAUCAACAAAAACGGCCUCAAUGGUGCCGAGGGAAGUAAUAUCGUCGUCAAGGGCGGCGAGGUACUGGCUAUCAUUUACGAACGCAUGCAGAAUAUGUCCGGCGAUCCUACGGCACACAAACUCUAUAGCACGCUAUUGAAAUCGGCUGGGGUACCAUAUGUUUCUAUGUUGAAAAUGUGGACAACGACGGGCCGGUUGGUUGACCCCUGCGACGAGCUUUGCGUCAAAGAAAGCAAAUUUAUUAGUAAAGGUAUUUUAGAGGUAGACUAUACGGAUGAAUAUUGGGAGCGUCGUUAUACGCUCCGCGAUGGAUCUACAUUAGCUGCACCAUCCAAACGCCAUCAGGCGGGUGUUCCUCCCCCCCGAACCGUGACGGGUAGACUUCCAGGCGGUGCCUGUAUACCGCCAUUGUUAGAAGGAUGGAAACACAAAAUUCUCCUGGCCGGGAAAUAUUUGAAUGUAAUUCGAGAAUGUGGAAUUGAAGUGCAGACUAAUCAUCGACAAGCGGACGAUGAGGAUUUGUCCAUGGAUAAUGAAAAGUUAUACAACUUUAUCGAGGAGGCUUACACGCAUGCGAACCGGACAUUGCUUCAACUUCUUCUCAAAGAUCAACAGCUAAUCCCACGGUUAAGGUCUUUGAAACGCUACUUUUUCCUUUCUCAGUCAUCGUUUUUGACACAUCUGCUCGACCUUUCCCAUACGGAGCUGAAAAAACCUGCAAAAUCAGUAUCGAUGGUGAAGUUGCAGAGCUUGCUUGAUUUAGCGCUGAACACAGACUCACAAGGAGAGGAUGCGCUUUUUAGAGAAGAUGUCAAAAUCUCCAUCUCCAGCACUGGACUGUAUGACUGGUUACUGAAGGUAAUCAGUGUUAGCGGAGUCAUUGGUGGAGAAGAUGGCGAUAUUGUGCCUGAUAGCGGAAGUCACGAAGACUCCAAAAAGGAACGAGACAAAGACCGGGAUGAUAGGAAGCAGCUACAAGGAAUCGAUGCUUUGGCAUUGGAUUAUAGCGUUAAAUUUCCCCUAUCUUUGGUAAUAUCUCGGAAGACAAUUCUCCGCUAUCAGCUUUUGUUCCGUUUCUUGCUGCACCUUAAACAGGUCGAACAAUCCUUGACGUCUAUGUGGAUUGAGCACAAGGGGAUCAUAUGGCGGCGCUCCGCUUCUAAUCAUCCAGAGUUUGAGCAGUGGCGCUUGAGAGUGGCUCUUUUGCGUGCGAGAAUGCUAUCUUUUGUGCAACAAAUCUUAGCCUUCACGACAUUCGAGGUCCUGGAGCCCAAUUGGCGCAACCUUGAGGCGAAGCUUACCAAGGUAACCACUGUUGACCAACUUCUCAGAGAUCAUGUCGAUUUUUUGGAUACAUGUUUGAAAGAAUGCAUGUUAACGAGCUCGAAACUGUUGCGAGUUUACUCGCGGCUCAUUGUCACUUGCUCUACUUUCGCGCUUUAUACGGCAUCGUUCUCGAAGUCUGCUACACAAGGGCUAGCAGCAGCAGAUAUGGGAGAUGGAGACACUGCUAUGGCCAAGCGGUGGGAGUUUUUAAGGAAGUUCGAGACUAAUUUCAAUCACUGGUUUAAACAUCACCAUGAUUGCGUUCAGUACUAUGCGUCAAGCGAGAAUGUAUCGCUCUUGCCACUGGUCGUCCGUUUGAGCAGUAUCAAAAGCCCUUCAUGAUGGUGGUCAAGUCGAUAAAGGAAUCGCUAAACUAUCAGUAUCUUGGGAUUUUGCGCCUUAGUACCAACAUACUUCGUGGAUCUUCGUGGAUCAUUACCUGCGGCGCCAGGUGAAGGUUGAACAUUGAGCUACGGAGAGGACAGGCAGGUUGGAGCUAAUGUUAAUAUUCUCUGGUGACGUCGGUUGAUAUUUGAGAAUUUUCGAUGUCGCAAUUUAACUGAUACUGUCGUAUGGUUGGAACAAUGUUUUGUUGCAAUGGGU